UUUCAGCGAUCUAUCGACAAGUGAACAGACAAGAACGUCAAAGGAAACUCAUCUAAGCGAGAAAGAAGAACACGCAAUAUCAGGACCAUGGCUGACGUAGUGGAUCUCAUCGAUAUCUUGGUUCGAAUAAAACGGCGACGUCGUAUCGAUGUUGCGCUAGUCCUUUGUUUGUGUCUCCUGGCGGCUGCCGCGAUUGAACCGCCUCUAACCGCCGAUGAGAAAUCACAAGAACAAGAAGCAAGGGAACGAUCUUUCGCCACCGACAUUCACAGUCCAUCGCCUCCAUCUGGCUCGCUCCUCGAAAAAGCGAAAGAAUCGGCAGCCGACAUGGUUGGGCGGGUAGAAAGAGCCCUAAAAGAAACGGCAGCUACAGUCAAGAGUAGCAUCAGUGACCGUAUGCCAGAGGAGACGCACAAAGUUGAACCUCAGCAACAAGAAUCGCUUUACGGGCAAGUCAAAGAAUCAGCAUCCGAUACAGCGGAACGGGUGAAGAGAGCUGUUGGCGCUGGUGAACAACCGGAAGAAAUGGCCGAAAAACCAGAGUCUUUAUUACAUCGAGCCAAAGAUUGGAUAACUGGGACGACGCAUGAAACCGCCAAACAAGUCCAGCAACCUGAAAAGUCGACUUUGCAGCAAGCUAAAGAUAGCACGGUUGAUUCUGCCCAACACGCUAAAGAUGCAACUAUGGAUGCUGUCCAUCGCGCCAGAGAGGCUACCAUGGAUGCCGCCCAGCGCACUAAAGAUGCAACGGUCGAAUCUGCCCAUCAAGCUCGAGAUGCUGCAUCUGGAGCGGCUCACCGAGUUCAAGAAGGAAUUCACAACGUUGGUAGCCAAGCCAGCGACACUUUGGGCUCAGCUUAUGAACGGGCAAAGAAUUUAGUUUCGCAAAAUACUGACCAGGCGCAGGAACAAGCACAGCAAGUCAAACAACAAGCGGAAGAAGCUGCCCAGCAAGGACAACAAGAAGGCGAAUCAUUUUUCCAGCGGGCUAAAGAAUGGGUGGCAGGCAGCGCUCACGAAGGAGCUGAAAAGGCGGAACAAAUGAAAGAGCCUUCCACUUUCGAAAAAGGUAGAGAUGCUACCAUGGAUGCUGCCCAGCGCGCAAAAGAGGCAACGUUAGACACUGCUCACCAGGCUCAAGAUGCUGCAUCCCGAGCGGCCAGACAAGUCAAAGAAGGAUUUCAAGAUGCUGGAAAUAGGGCCGGUGAAACUGUUGAAUCAGCCUACGAUCGUGCAAAGAAUUUAGUUUAUCAAACUGGCGAUCAAGCUCAAGAACAGGCCCAGCAAGCUAAGCACCAGGCAGAAGAAGCUGCUGGCGAAGGAAAAGAGCAAGCCGGAUCCAUUUUGCAACGAGCCAAAGAGUGGGUGACGGGAACAGGCCAGCAGGCGCAAGAUAUGGCACAACAAGCUAAAGACACCGCGUCAGAGAGUGCCCAACAAGCUCGAGAGAAAGCAGAAGAGGCAGCCAAACAAACCCAGGAACAGUCAGGAUCGUUCGUGGAGAGAGCAAAGGAUUGGUUAUCUGGAACCAGCGAUGAGGUUAGAAGCCAAGCUCAAGAUACUGGAGAAUCAAUGUCUGAUACGGCCCAGCAAGCUAAAGAAUCAGUUUCGGAUGCUGCACACCGAGGAAAAGAAGGAGCUCAAAAUCUUGGUGAGCAGGGAGCUGAGCAUGCUGAAUCCGUCUUCCAACGUGCCAAGGAAUGGGUAACAGGAACGGGGCAUCAGGCCCAAGACAUGGCCCAGCAAGCAAAAGAUACCGCCAGUGGAACUGCCCACGAGACGAAAGAACAGGCCGAAGACGUAGCUAGAGGAGCACAAGAACACACAGGAUCUUUGGUUGAAAAAGCUAAAGAAUGGUUAUCGGGAAGUGGUGAACAGGUUAAAGAGAAAGCACACGAGGCUGGUGAAUCCAUUUCCGAUACGGCCCAACAAGCAAGAGACUCGGCGUCGGGCGCAGCUCGUCAAACUAGAGAAACAGCCGAAGACAUUGGCAACAGAGGAACCGAGCAGGCGGGAUCCAUUCUGCAAAGAGCUAAAGAGUGGAUCUCUGGAACUGGUGAACACAUCAAAGACACUGCUCAUCAAGCUGGAGAAAAAGCCUCCGAUACAGCCGAACAAGUUCAAGACGCUGGUGCGCGAGCAAGCCGAAAAAUGCAAGAAGGAGUGCAGAAGGUGGUAGCUCCAGGUAAAGAACAUAUUGAAACUCUCUACCACAAGACGAAAGAAGGUGCGACUGAUGCCGGCACUGAAGCCAUGAAAAAGGCCCAACACGCGAAUGAAAGGGCCAUGGAUAUAGUCUGGCACGUGAAGGGGGCAACAGAGGAGACUGGAAACAAAGGUGUAGAGGAAGUUGGAUCUUUCUUAAAACGGGCAAAGGAUUGGGUAGUCGGAAGCGGAGAACAGGCGAAAGAAAAAGCAGAAGAGGCAGCAGGUUCUGUUGGCGAUAAAGCUCACCAGGCGAAGGAACAAACUGAAAAUGCAGCAGAACGAGGCAAAGAAAAUGCCGAAUCGCUUUUGGAACGAGCUAAACAUUGGGUUUCUGGAAGCGGAGAACAAGCAAAAGAAACAGCCCAACAGGCUCGUGAUUCAGCUUCGGAUGCUGCACGACGAGCACAAGAAUCGGUGUCCAGCACUGGCCAACAAGCUAAGGAUACCAUAUCGGGAGCAGCUGAACAGGGUAAAGCGUACGUUGAUCCAGUCUACGAGAAAGCCAAGGAAUGGUUAACUGGCACGAAAGAGUCAGUAGCGGAAACUGCUCAACAGGCACGAGACAAAGCUUCAGAAACUGGCGAAGCUAUCAAAGACAAAUCGGCUCAAAUGGGAGAAAAGACUCAAGAAACGAUGGGCCAAGCUAAAGACUCUGGAGUUGUUCACAAGCUAGGUGAUGCCAUGCACGAUUUGAGGCACACCAUCAUGGAGAAACUCCACAUCGAGAAGCCUCAUCAUCACGAAGAUGCUUCUGUGACGGAGAACGAACCUAGAAAACAAAGUGGAGGAUUCAACAUUCUCCCUGUGGCUGAUGCAACAUUGGAACAAGAGCGUAAAGCCAGCUGGCCAAAGGAGGAUAUUCCGUCUAGUGAUGAAACGCAGUCGUCUACCUUCUCCAAGUUAAAAAAGCGUCUGAGCGCAUACUUGGGAUCACAUGAGAACAUAGAUAACAUGCAGCCGGAAGAAGAUGCUUUAUCAGAUCCCACACAAAUAGAGGAUCGGGUGGCCAUAUAAGAUUUAUCUUCGAUAAAUCGAUGAUCAGUUUUUCGAAAAAAAACUCCAUUUAGUGUGUAGUUCAUAUUUUAAAAACAGAUGUGAUCUUAAGUGAAAAGGAAAAAAUAAAAAAAUAAAACACA